UCCAAAUCCCACGGCCCGCCGAUUUUAGCUAUAUUCCUCGACAUCCCACCUCGAAGAACAUCACGGCAAUCCUCCCCCGCCCUCUCGACAAAGUCUCCUUUCUUCUUCUUCUUUUGUUGACUCCCUCUCCUCUUGCUUGUCGUUUAUAAUCAGGAGGUCUACCAUCAACCCUCGAAUCUGAGACCACCGCCCACCGCCAGUCACCAACGAAACCAUCACAAUGCGCCUCCUCACAACCCUCGCCCUCGCGGCGACAUCAGCAUCCGCCGCCUCCCUAACCCUCUCGAUCCCCUCCUCCCAGGCCCUCCCGAACCCCUACACCCUCCCGCCGUCGACCCACGCGACGCUCUCCUCCCUCGGCGAAACCUUCUCCGCGCCCCUGUCCGUAAAAAACACGUUCGUCUUCCACAACCUCACCGGCGGCGGCAGCGGCAGCGCCAGUGCAGGUUCCUACCUCGUCGACAUCCACUGCGCGACCCACGCCUUCGCGCCCCUGAGGCUCGACGUCGAUGCCGAGGGCGGGUUGGCCGCGUGGGAGACGUACCGCGGCAACGACUGGGAUAACAAGGGCGAGGCGUAUGCGGCUAAGGAGUUUGAGGGCGGUGCGAAGGGGUUUGAGGUGCGGGUGUUGGGGCAGAAGAAUUAUUUUGUGGAGAGGAGCAAGUUCUCCAUCCUCACCAUCCUAAAGAACCCAAUGAUCCUCCUCGGCCUCAUCAGCAUGGGCAUCUUCCUCGGCAUGCCCUAUCUCAUGGACAAUAUGGACCCCGAAAUGCGCGCCGAAUUCGAAGAACGCCAAAAGAGCAACCCGAUGAACUCCCUCCUCGGCGGCGGCGGCGGAGGCGGCGACGCGAAUCCCAUGGCCAACUUUGACAUGGCGGGCUUCCUCGCUGGUACCGGUACCAGCAGUAAGAAGGAAGAAUCUUCCGGUUCCGGUGCCUCGAGCGGCGGUGCUGGUGGCAAGAAGGAGAAGGGCGUGCGGAGGUGAGAGAGUGUGUUGUGGAAGAGAGAAGUAAUGCGGGGGAGGUAGAGUACAACUAUACGGUUGUUCAAGAUUGUUAUUACGGCUCCUUUGAGAUAUAGGGCACAGCCUACGGCGCUUCUUAGACCUCAAUUCCCUAUAAAUAAGUUUUACGAGACUUGGUGAACCAGAGAUGUCGGGAGUCUAUGUUCAUACUAUCAGUUCCCUCUAUAUCAUUGGGUUGAUAAUCAUAC